AUGACCAGGCGCUGCGAUUUAGAAGUUGUAUUCACCUCUGCUUCCAGUAGAGGGCUGCGUCAGAGCAUGCGCAUGCUUGAUAUUCCUGUUUGGUCCUGCUGUCAGAAGAUUGAGGGGCUAGCUGGCUGCUUGUGGGAGCACCAGAAGAAAGAAGAAACAAAGCUGAAGAAUAAAAUGUCCAGUCCUCAUGUCAAUGGAAAAAAGAAAGCUUGGUGCUGGGACCGGUAUCUAGAGGAACAGAAGGCAAUUGCAGCACCUGUCAAACUGUUUACAGAGCACCAGACAUUUCCAGCAAAUAAAAAUGGCUUUAAAGUAGGCAUGAGAUUAGAAGGCAUUGAUCCACUUCACCCAUCUAUGCUGUGUGUGCUGUCUGUUGCAGAGGUUUUGGGGUAUCGCAUUAGGCUUCACUUUGAUGGCUUUUCAGAGUGCUAUGAUUUUUGGGCUAAUGCUGAUUCACCUGAUAUUCAUCCUGUGGGAUGGUGUACAGUAACAGGGCACAAACUUCAGCCACCGAAAGCUUAUAAGGAAGAUGGAUUUGACUGGGAAAGUUACCUAACAGCUUGUAAUAUUCAAGCUGCACCAAAGAAUCUGUUUAAAAACCAAAAUACAACUGUGACUCCAUCAGGAUUUCAAGUUGGGAUGAAACUAGAAGCGGUUGACAGGAAGAACCCUUCUCUGGUCUGUGUUGCAUCCAUUGCAGAUAUUGUGGGUAAUCGCUUCCUGGUGCACUUCGAUAACUGGGAUGAUACAUACGAUUACUGGUGCAAUGCUAGUAGUCCACAUAUCCAUCCAGUAGGAUGGUGUCAGGAGAAUGGACGACCCCUUACUGCACCCCAGGGAUGCCCCAAUCCAGAAAGCUUCUCUUGGGAGGAAUAUUUAGAAGAAACAGGCUCUUCAGCAGUUGCAGGUCAUGCUUUUAAAGUGAGACCAGCUCAUGGUUUCCUGGUUAAUAUGAAGCUUGAGGUUGUGGAUAAACGCAACCCUGUGCUGAUACGUGUUGCCACCGUGGUGGAUGCUGAAGAUUACAGGAUAAAGGUACAUUUUGAUGGCUGGAGUCGCAAGUUUGAUUUCUGGAUCGAUUCAGACACACCUGAUAUUCACCCAGUAGGGUGGUGCAGAAGGACAGGACACCCUCUAGAAAUACCCCUCACUGACCUUAAGACCACAAGCAGCCAGGGAGUGUGUCCAACACCUGGAUGCAGAGGAGUUGGCCACAUCAAAGGGGCAAGACAUACUGGACACCAUAGUGCCUUCGGCUGCCCUUACUCAGAGAUUAACAUGAAAAAGGAAAUAAUACUUCCGGAUCGGCUCGGAGGAGAGAAACAAAUUACCUUCAUCCCUGUACAUUUGGCAGCAAAAACAAAGCGGCUCUACAGUACUGAUGCAGAUGAAAAGCCUGAGGAAUAUAAUAUGUAUUCUAGGAGCCCAGUGUCGGGGCACGAUGGACCGGGUCGUCUCAGAGGAAGGUGCACGGCACAACAGCGACUGUCUGGAUACCCACUGGCUGAGAAACAAGACCUCAGGGUCAAGACAGAAAACAACAGUGAUCAUCAAGCUCAGGGAAAGAAAGUAUUCACUCCAGCUGUUAAAAAAUCUAAGCUACAAAGCAGGCUUGCUCAGUCAGCGACGUGUCUAAAAAUCAAAGAAGAAGAAGAAGAAGAAAAAGAAGAAGAAAAAGAUGAAAUUGACUUGCACAGUCUGUUUAGAGACUACAGUGUUGACAAUAUGCAGCAGGCUCUUCACCAGUCUGUCUUCCUGUCAGCCAUGUCUGCUCAACCCAGUCGCGACCUCCCACUUUGCUGGGAGCAGCACUGCAAACUGCUGCCUGGAGUGGCAGGGGUACAAGCCAGCCGCGUUGCACACUGGACUGCCGAUGAGGUGGCUAGCUUUGUGCAUUCUCUCCCUGGAUGUGAGGAGCAAGCUAAGCAGUUCAAGGAAGAGCAGAUUGAUGGAAAAGCUUUCUUACUGCUCAGUCAAGUGGACAUCGUAAAGAUAAUGAGCGUCAAAUUGGGCCCGGCCCUGAAGAUCUACAAUUCCAUUCUGAUGUUCAAGAAUGCUGAAGACAUGAGCAAAGACACGGAAUCAGGGAAUAUUGAUCUGGAUACAUGAAGUAAAUCAACACUCAGCCACGCAAGCAGCCACACUAUAUUCUGUGCAUUCGGCUUUGAUGUGUUAGUACUUUUAAAGGGACCAAGGAUACAUGCGUUUUUGCAGUGGCUGGACAAGCUGUCAUCGGUAAAGGAUAAUCACAGAUUGUACUAUUUAUAUUUCUUGUGUAGUGUAGUUCACACUACUAAAGACACUGGGCACAGCCUCCUGUUGUUUGGCUUUAAUGCUACUGGGCUUUAAUGGCUUAAUAAACUGCACAGAACAUGCAUUAUUUAUAGACUGUAUUUGCUUAAGUGAUUUCCAUAAAGAACUGACAAUCAACAAGCCUAAAGCAUUAUAUUGCAGCACCAUACAGGUGUUAAUCAUAUAAAGAAACAACAAAAGAUAAAUACAUGUCGGUCAAAAGUUCAUUUAAAUGCAUUGUAGAUUAAUUUUUGCUAUUUUGUGAAAUGACUACAUCCGCGAUUUGUCUAGUUAAAGAUCCAUUGUAUUUGUUGUAAGCAAUUGUGAAUCUAUAUGUGUUUGUGACAAUGAAGGAAAAAAUAAUAUAUUCAGAAUUUAAUAGAGAAUGUAUUUUAUAGUAACUUAGUAUUACAUACAAGCAGCUAGAAGAGAAUAUUUAUUUUGAAUAGGUGCAAUGUGUAGUUGUUUAGCUAUGAAAAAAUUGCAUUUAUAUUGCCAUGAGUUAAUUAAAGCACUUCAGGCUUUCAAAGUGCAAUCAGUCUCACUCUCCUUUAACAAUUUGUUUUUUCCAAGGUGAGACAUUGUUUUUUUUUUUUACUUGCUUUUUCUAAGGUUUGCAAUUGUCUGAACUUCAGUUUAAUCCUGAUUGUCAUUGUACAUAAUUACGAAGUACUGCAAUUUACAAAAAAAUAAAUCAUCGCCAGUAUCUUUACAAAAUAGCUUACAUCUGAAAGAACUGUCAUCAUUGUUCCUUCGUGUACUAUCAUGCGGUUUUCAUUAACAGUGAUUUGUUUUCUACUAAGCAAAGGUGCUUUACUGUACAGGUAUUAUACAUGAUAAAACAAAUAAAGAUGUAGCUUUCUUAAAGACUUUGCAAUCCAAAUAAAUUUACAUCUCAGAUGGUGAAAUCUGUAAAACAACAAUGCUGUCAGUUUUAAAAAGUAACUUUUGUUUAAUAUUUUUGGACAAAUGUACGGAACACUACCUGUUAUUUUGAAAUACUGUAUUCCUUAAUGGGGGCUUAUUAAAACCAAGUCAAUUUAGUAAUAUGUAGAAAUAAUGUGCGGAUACUUAAUGUUAAAUCAAAUGCAGUUUGAAUAAUGUGGAAUGUAGGUUAACAAUACAGGACAUGUUAUAAACUAGAACAGAUAUAUAUUCAGUAGAUAAAAUAUAUUGUACAUAUUUGUAAACUACAGCAUUUUCAUUUUUAUAUUUUACACCUUUUACAUAACAUUUAAAUACACUUAAUAUAUGGAAUAGCUAGAAUAAACAGCAAAAAAACUGCAUUUAUCUACAAAGCCAAUAUUCAUUCACCUGAUGCUUUACACUUUAUUUUAAUAUCACUAGAACGAACUUGCAUACAGUAGUGUACACAGUUGGAUUUGCAUUUAGUCUUUGUUUAUUGUAACGAUGGCGUCUCAGAAAUCUUGAUAAAGAAGUAUUGUUGAUAUUUUUUGUAUCAUUAAUAGAAUAAAGAAAAAGCUUACAUGA